AUGAAAAAUAUUGAUAUGAACCAUGUAAGAAACAUUUCGAUUCUCGGUAAAAAUCCUUAUUCAACUCGUUACAUUGGUUCAAUUCUGUUAUACAGUGAAAUAUCCGCAUAUCCAGUUACAGAUGGUAGGAAACGAGUGCUUGAUAUUGUACUGGAAUCUAUUCAUUCCGGAUGUCCUAUUUUUCUUGGGUAG